AUGUAUCGACAAAUAAACGUUCAUCCUGAAGACUGGGAUCUACAGCGUAUUUUAUGGCUUAAUAGUUCAGGAGAAAUAGAAAAAUAUCAGCUGACCACCGUUACAUAUGGACUUGCUUGUGCUCCAUUUCUCGCUAUGAGGGUUAUGCUUCAACUUAUUCAAGACGAAGGACACAAAUUUCCGUGGAAGGAAUUUGUCCACAAUCGUGUUUGUUUAAUUCAAGAAACAUUACCCACUGCUCAAUGGAGACUGAUUCCUGGAAAAAUGAAUCCUGCCGAUUGUGCUACCAGAGGACUAACUCCAGAACAACUGUCAACUCAUGAGCUCUGGUGGUCUGGACCAGAUUGGCUCAAACAAUCGGAACCUCACUGGCCAUCAGUCAAUCCAACAACUCCUCCUUCUACUCAAUUAGAAGAGCGACCUCCAACUGUUUUUACGACGAUUAUGAAGUCUCCUCCUUUAUGGGAAUUAGUCUAUAAAUAUUCUUCACUCACCAAACUUUUAAGAAUCACAGCUAUUUGUCGCCGAACAGUAUUAAUUUUCAAAAAAUUAGCUAAAUCCAUUACAAUUGAGCCUAUUAGUCCAGAAGAAAUUGAUUGGGCUAAACAAUUUUGGUGUUUACAAGUACAAAUAUCAGAAUUUCCAAAUGAACACAAACUUCUUCAAGAAAACCAACCUUUAUCGAAGUCCAGCUCUUUGUACAGAUUUACUCCAUUUAUCGAUUCAGUUGGACUCAUAAGAAUUGGCGGUCGACUUCACAAUUCACCACUGAAUUAUCCGGUCAAACAUCCUAUCGAGGACGAGCUUCAAUCAGGUCAUUUAUUCUUAAAUGCGUCAAAUGCUCACGAUAUCGUGGAGAAUGUGCAAAACAACUUAUGGGUCGAUUACCAUCCGCAAGAACAACACCAUCUCGACCCUUUUUACAUUCCGGAGUCGACUAUGCUGGCCCAUUUUUAUUCAAAUCCUGGAAGGGACGAGGGUCUCAAAGAAUUAGGAAAAUUAGCAUCGUUGUUAGCCAAUGACGGAACUAAAUGGAUUUUCAAUCCACCUGCGAGUCCUCAUUUCGGAGGGAAAUGGGAGGCAGGCGUUAAAUCUGUCAAGUAUCAUCUUAAAAGGAUUGUUGGAGACACUAUUUUAACCUAUGAAGAAAUGACAACCGUACUUAAUCAAAUUGAGGCUAUCUUGAAUUCUCGACCUUUAUGCCCAUUAUCUGAUGAUCCUGACGACUUGACGGCGCUCACACCUGGACAUUUUUUGAUUGGAGAACCACUGAUUACUAUACCAGAACCUUCUCUUGCUUUGAUUAAGAUUUCAAGAAUGUCAAUAUGGCAAUUAACGAGUCACAUUGUAGCAAAAUUUUGGAAUCAAUGGAGUAAAAGUUGUUUGCAAAGAUAUCUAGCCAACUACAAAUAG